GCGGCCGUCCGUCCGUCUCCCCGGGCGCGGAGGAUGGCCCUGGCCGGGGCGCUGCUGCUCUGCUCCUACAUGGCGCUGGCCCCGGCCGGCUCCGGCCAGCCCUUCCUCCGCCUGCGGCCGUCCCCCAGCGACAGCCUGCCCGUCAAGGACAUCAUCGAGCACCCGGACCCCGACUACGACCCCAAGGAGCAGGACCUGGACGAGCGCGCGCUGCGCCAGCGGCUGGGCAGCCACCUGGACCCCGGCUUCAUGUCGGUGGCCGCGCCGCCGCCGGGCGGGGCCGGAGGAGGAGGAGGAGGAGGAGGAGGAAGAGACGGAGAUGGAGGAGGUGGCGGGGAGCUGCGGCGGCUCGACCUGGGCGAGGGCCCGGCCGGGGCGCGCGUCAAGCUGGGCCGCAAGGCGCGGCGCCGGCUGGCGCAGUGGCUGUGGGCGUACACCUCGUGCCCCGUCGUCUACACCUGGAAGGACCUCGGCCUGCGCUUCUGGCCGCGCUACUUGCGCGAGGGCAGCUGCCCGCCCGAGCGCUCCUGCUCGCUGCCCCAGGGCAUGUUCUGCCGCCCGGCGCGCUCCGUCCCCAAGACCCUCCUGCGCUGGCACUGCCAGGGCUGGGCGCGCCACAAGUACUGCACCUGGAUCCCCGUCCAGUACCCGGUCAUCUCGGAAUGCAAGUGCUCCUGCUGACGGCCCGGGACCCCCCUCCCU